AUGCUCAUCACCAUUUGUAGGUUCUUCAUUCAUAAGAGCAUUGUCGCCCUUGCUGAAGAUGUUGCAUCCCAAUAUGCCCGUCCUGGUCAACAGACUAUGCUGUUUCCUACUCCCCGCGCGGCCAGACGCUGCUUAGAGUUCAUUCAGAAGAACGCCGGCACAUCCAGAGCGUCUGACAUCGCAGUCAUUGACUUCGGGUUGAACACGUCCCAGGACAUUUCGCCCCUAUUACGCUCUUUGGCACCCGCUUUUUCGGCUGUCGUGUAUGCUCAAGAAGUUUUUCCUAUUGCGAAGCAAUAUUGGCAGCAUACCGGCGAUGGAAUAUCGAGUCGGCGGGCUGAGUUUUGCCAUGGCCUACUCAAAGAGGGGCUCAUGGCCCCCAUCGAAAGACCUCACUCCCCCGUGGGUAAGGCAUGUCGUGGUCCCAGGAGAUACCAUCGCCCAUCUUCCAUUGACGACACCAAGUCCGCUAACCUCCACCCGUCUAAGUCGGGCCUUCGGACUACUUUUGAUACCCAAGAGAGUCUACGCUUCCUGGAAGAGCGUUUUGGGCGCAACCUCGAUCUUUCUCUUGUCGAACGUGCAAGGUCGGCCAUCAAACGCAGAAUUGCCGGUGCCUUGGCUGCCGACUUGGAGACGAGCAUUAACUCGUUGCCUCCCUUAAGCACCAACACUAGAGGCCAGGAAGACCUACAGGAAAGUGACGUAUACCUCUUCCCCUGUGGUAUGAAUGCCAUUUUCAAUGCCCACCGGGCCAUGGUUCUUGCUAGGGGCGACAUGAAGUCGAUCAAUUUUGGUUUCCCUUACGUCGACACACUUAAGAUUCUGCAAAAGUUUGGCCCAGGCUGUGUAUUUUACGGCCACGCGUCAGAGGCGGACUUGGAUGACCUUGAACAGCGCCUAGAGAACGGCGAGCGGUUUUUAGCACUAUUUUGCGAGUUCCCCGGCAAUCCGCUUCUGACCUGCCCUAACUUAGCCCGCAUCCGCUGCCUGGCAGAUAAAUACGACUUUGGUGUGGUUGUGGACGAAACUAUUGGCAGCUUCGUCAAUGUCGACGUGCUGCAAUUCGCGGACAUCGUCGUUAGUAGUCUAACCAAGAUAUUUUCGGGAGAUUGCAACGUCAUGGGCGGUAGCGCGAUUCUGAAUCCCAGUGGAAAGUAUUAUCAAGCCCUGAAGAAUGCAUGGACCCAGGAUUUGGAGGAUACAUACUGGCCAGAGGACGUUGUGUUCAUGGAGCGAAACAGUCGAGAUUUUAGGUCCCGCGUCGAGCGCAUCAACACGAACUCCGAGGCCAUCUGUGACAUCCUCUCCGGUCAUCCGCUGGUCAAAAAGGUUUACUAUCCCAAAGUUAACCCAACAAGGUCCAAUUACGACCUUUGCAAGCUACCCGGUGCUGGCUAUGGCGGGUUGCUGUCGGUCACAUUUCACGAAAAGGCUCACGCUAUAGCCUUCUUCGACGCCAUUGAAACGGCCAAGGGUCCAAGUCUAGGCACCAACUUUACUUUGACAUCGCCUUACGUACUGCUGGCGCACUACCAGGAGCUAGACUGGGCAGCCGGCUUGGGUGUUGAUCCUGAUCUCAUUAGAGUCAGCGUCGGCUUAGAGGAGACGGAAGAGUUGCGUGAGGUCUUCAGCCAUGCCCUCGAGGCGGCCGAAACUCAAAUUGUAGCUUGA